ACCUUCCGUUUUUGCAAGUCAUAUGCAGAAAUCUGACUUUAAUUUUGAAUGUAUCGAUUGGUAAGAGUAAUUGUAAUACGGUGAUGGCAGGGACUUCUGUAAAAUCGUACAAUAUUUCGUGCGUAUUUUGUCUUUUUGCUGAAUAGGUGCGCGCCGAACUUUAAAUAGCUUAACAGAGCACAUGGUAAACAUAUAGCAUCAUUAACAGAACAGUUAACUAAUUGCAGAAGUAUCGGUGCUGAUUUUUGCGUUUGCGUUUUUUUAACAGCAGUGCGCGGCUGUUAUUUGAUUUGACAAUAAGUUGGCAUUCCUUCACAUCGAACAGAAAGUCAUCGUCGUGGCAUCGAUGCUGCUGGUCUUUGCAAUCGUCCCGCGAGUGUGUUAUCGUUAACUUUAAAUUGUCAAUUUUCGACAUAAGAAAAUUCUGCAAGAUUUAGUGAAAAAAAUCAAUUUCUCAGACAUUUCAAAGCUAAGAACUACCAGUUCCGCGUUAAUUGAAGAUAAUUUUGCACAAGAUUUCUCGCGCAACAUCAUUGCUUAAAUAUAAUUAAAAAGUGACGAUAAUUAAAGAUGAAUAUUAAUAUGAAAGAAUCCGUGGUUGUUGCGGUGCGUGAAGCUCCCUAUCGUAACACAGGCAUGCAAGGCAUUAACGACAUUGAAAGAAGCGUCCUCGAGUUCUCCAGGGAGUGCCCCAAGGCAGUGAUUGUCGAUGGCACCGUGUAUAGUUUUGAUCACAGCUUCGACUCGAAAGUCUCGCAGGAGCAACUCUAUCGAACAUUGAUCCAUCCGCUGGUGCUGAAGGCAUUGGCCGGCUACGACUGCACUGCCAUGGCCUAUGGCCAGACAGGAACUGGCAAAAGCUAUUCCAUGGGCAUGUCUGCCGAGAGAAUGUCGGAGGAGCACGUCGGCAUAGUGCCCCGUUGCCUGAAAGAUAUUUUGAAAUAUAUGAAUAUUAAUGAUCAAAAAGAGAACCACGCUGCUAUGGGAGAGGUUUUUGCCUCAUUUAUAGAAGUCUAUAAUGAGAAGGCCUACGAUUUGCUUGCGGUCGACGUCAAUGAGCCGUUGACCUCGCGCACCCAUCCACGUUUUACUGGCGGCACCUGCAUGCCCAUGAAGAGUCAAAAAGAUCUGUUGCAGAUUUUGAUGCUGGGCACCAAGAACCGCCAUGUGCGCGCCACCAACAUGAACAAUAACAGCUCUCGCUCCCAUGCCAUUGUCACCAUACACAUCCAGCAGGGCUUCCAGCACUCGCGCCUCAACAUCAUCGACUUGGCCGGCUCCGAGAGUGUCCGUCGCACUGGCAACGAGGGCGUUGCUCGCGCCGAAGGUGUCUUCAUCAACAUGGGACUCAUGGGCAUCAACAAAGUGAUGGCAUCCUUAUCCGCUGGCCGCUCACUGAUACCGUACCGUGAGUCCAUUCUAACAACUGUUCUACAGGCUUCUUUAAACUCACAGUGCAGUCUGACGCUGUUGGUCUGCAUCAGUCCACAUGCCAGUGACCUCAACGAAACUCUUUCCACGAUUCGCUUCGCCAAGAAUGCCAAGCAAAUGAAGAUUACUCCACAACUUUCGCAGCAGAUACAGCAGAUGCAGGAGAUGCAUCAGAAUAGGAGCUCCGCCCAAACAACUUCCAAUCAAAGCAUUACCCAGAACCUGGGACGUCUGCUGCCCAACUCCGUCAACAUCAGGCGCCGACCACCGCUCAGCUCCAAUCCAGGUGCUCGCAACAGCUUCAGCAUUAGCAUUCCUCCGGGGGCACAGCCGAACUCAAGAAAACGUGCUCGUCGUGCGCAAAACGCAUUAUUGUCCUCGUCGGACGAGAGCGACACCGGUGUGGCGCCGACUGGCGUGAUUUCGCCAACUGUAGCUGAAUUUCUGAAGCUCAAGAAGGAGUACGCGGAAUUGCAGCGCGGGCUAAGAGAGCUAAGAGAGCAGAGGGCUCAGCCAGAAGUCCAGGCAGAGGAGCCGCCUUUGGCCGCUGAGCGCCCACAACCAUCUCAGCUUACCUUCCGUGAGUUUAACUCGGAUCUCUCUUCCAUUGCCGAGGAGGGCGAUGCAAUCCCUCCUCCGCCUUUCCGUAUAUUUACCAGUAGCCCGACCAUUUACAAUAAUCAAAAUGCUGGUUUGCUUCGCAUGAGCGGCGUAUCUUCAGCCCCUACAGCAUCGUCCUCGGGGGCAGCUGUUGCCGCAGCUGAGCCAAUGCCUGGUCGCCUUUCAACGCGCUUAAAUAGUCGCCAGGCUCAACUCAUUCAGGAUAUCACUAAUGGCCAGGAUCAAAGGCCGCUGCGCCGCAGCUCCCGUAUUGCCAGUCAAUCGGGAGGGCCGCCAACUGAACGAAACGAACCAGCUGAGAGAACUGAAGGAAAUGAAAGAGCUGAAGGGCCAUCCCAACUACGUGCCACGUCAGCGCUGGCUGCUAUCGGUGAGCGUUUCACCAUGGAUAGCACCGUGGGAUCCCAGAGAGCCCGCUUGUCCAAGCAUCGCGCUGAGCUAUUGUCCUUAUUGAAUACGGCUAGCGUUAAGGAUUUGCAGGCUUUGCCUCAAAUCGGACCGAAAACAGCAAUGGCAUUGAUCAUGCAGCGCUCGGUGUUGGGUCAUUUCAGGAACUGGAAGCAAGUGGAGAAGCUCCCCAUUUGGAAGGACAUUAGCUGGUCUCGCUUCGCCAAGGCAGUUUGCAUUGAGAUUGACCCAUAAUCCAUUUUUUUUGCUUUUUUUUUUCAAAUUUAUUUUUAGCUUCCCAGGCUAUCUAAAUAUAUAAAUCCCACACAGAGGAGUACCAAUCUAAAUAUGAAAAUCCCACACAGAGGAGUAGCAAUCCAAAUAUAUAAAUCCCACAUAGAGGAGCACCAAUCCAAAUAUAUAAAUCCCACAUAGAGGAGCACCAAU